GUGAAUUCUGGGUAAAAUAACGUCUGCCGUGGUGUCGUGUCCGUCGUGUCUGAUCGUGUCGGGUCGUGUCGGGUCGUGUCGGCCGUUGCUGUUAAAUUUAAUAGGCAGAUAUCGACCAUUUUUUCGGGAUUCUUACUUACACUUAAUCAAGUGUCGUUUACGGUCUGUACCUAUCUACGUACUUGCCUCCAUCCUAGCAGCUGAGGCCGAUCCACGAUGAUUAACCUUACGGUGAAAACCUUGGAUUCACAAAAUCAUCCAUUUUCCUUGGAGGACGAUCAAAUUACAGUUAGAGAAUUCAAGGAAUACAUAGCAGAAACAGUAGCAGUACCAGCAGAUUCUCAGAGACUUAUUUAUUGUGGUAGAGUUCUUCAUGAUCGCAUGAAAUUAAAUGAUUAUGAUGUUAAUGGGAAAGUUAUACACUUGGUACAACGUGCACCACCACAACCUAAUCGGUGUGGGAAUGAUAGAGGUCAAAAUCAAAAUCAGAGCAGUGGGUCUGUAAAUUGGCACCAUAAUCCACUGAGACCACAACAUCAUCGACUGUCUCGAAUGCAACGCCAUGCUAUGUAUCUGGGUGCUAUGGCAGUACCAGCUGGGGUUGUGGCAGAACAUGGUACUAAUAGUAUACCAAUACCUCAGUUCAGUAGUAGUUUCUCUAAUAGCCGAUUAGUUGCUGCAAGACACAUGCUUGAACGUGCAGACCGGGUUAUGGAUCGACUUGAAAAUCCUCGUUCUAGUAAUCUUCCUACGGCCGAAACCAAUCCACCAAGUCUAGGUCAAUUGAUGCAGGAAUCAGAGAUAGACGUCGAACAGCCUCUUUCCAGCGAAAACGAGGGUAGGACAAAUAAUGGUGCCCGAUUGAUAGAAACUGCUAUUGCUGCAAUAGCAGCUGCCUUAUCUACAGCUGGGGCAAACAACGUCACCUUAGUUCGAGGAAGUAGUGAUGAAAUUUCUGAGUCAAGGCCAGUAGUAAAUGAAAGUAAUGAAGAGACUCAACCUGAUACACAACGCCAACAACCGCAACAACAACAGCAGCCGCAACCGCAAACGCAACCGCAACCGCAACCGCAAACGCAACCGCAACCGCAACCGCAAACGCAACCGCAAUCGCAAUCGCAACCGCAACAAGAACAAGAACCAGAACAAGGAUCUACAUCAACUAGCGAUGGACAAGGAAAUCCUCGAACACCAGUAGUUCCGCGACUUUCACGCUUGGCAGAGAUGCUGGACCUAUUACUUGAUACUCAAGAUCGUUUACGACCCCAUAUAGAGCGUUAUCGUAAAAUUAUGCAUGACGAUCCCUCAUUACCUCCGGGGGAACGCGUUGAAGAAAAUCAGACAUAUGUGAACGGUGUAGGUGAAUGCAUACAUUAUAUGUCACAUGCUUGUCAUUCUUUGAGCGAUGUAAUUGUGGACAUGAGUCAAGAACCACCUAGAACUUUGCGAUGUAGACCGAUUGUUAUUCAACAUUCAGCUAUCUGGCGUAAUCCUGGUAUACCGAUUCAGGUAGAGGCACAUAUCAGUUUACAUGGUCGUAAUGCAAAUAAUAAUAAUGGUAACGAGGAAAACGGAGAGUCCGGAAGUGCACCUACGCAAGCUGAAACAAGUGAGACCAAUACCGAAAAUAGUUCACAACAGCAGGAAUUUCCCUGCACUACUCCAGCUCAAACUGAACAGCCGGAACAGCAACAGCAGCAGCAAUCAGAACCACUGUUUAGUUUUAAUUUGCCUCACGAUGUCGAACUCUUAAUGGAAGUCGCCCCUGAAGGUAACAUAGAUGCUGUAUCUGGAGAUGAACAAACUCAAUCGAGCGAAACUAACAACAAUAACAAUAACAACAAUAAUAAUGGCGCAAGAGUAAGUGCAACCACUGGUACAUUUUCUUGGGGUUCGCCGAAUUUCUUACGAGAUUUGAUGCAAACUGUUGCUGGACAUAUGAUACAAGGAGGUACUGCAACAGUAAUACAACAAACUGUUGCGCCAGUGGAUACUGGAAAUACAAACGCUGGGCAGAGCACGCAAGCACGAAGCAAUGUUGGUACCCAUCCUACUACGGCAACGCGAACUAGAAGUACAUCGCGUCCGCACAGAUUUCGACACGUGACACAUCCCGUAGGUGGUGGAAUGAGUCUAGGACCAACUUAUGACUUUGAUCCAUUCCUACCCUGUCAGUCGCACCAUGUUCGUCACACCUCAAGUUUCACUUCCAGUCCUGUUACAUCUCCAUCACAGGGAACACGAACAAAUCAAACGACCACCGCUGAAACGCAGACACAACCACAAACUGCUACCACCUCGAGUGCAACCAGUAAUACUAGUUCUACAAAUACUACUGCAUCAACGACGUCGCAAGCGAACAUGAAUGAUCCUGCUAUAUAUUUAUUACACCAGGUGCUUGGAAGUACUGGUACUCAACCACAAACUACUAUCAACAUCAAUAGUGACAAUCCUGGUAUGGCCGAAACUCUUGGUAACAUGUUACAGAUGUAUACUGGUGGAACUGUACAUGUGGGAAUCACAGGACCUGGCAAUGAUAAUCCUGUUAGAGAUGUUACUCUCGCAAACUUAUUAGAACGUAGAGGUAUCCAAAUGAGUAUUUUUACAUCUCAAGCUGAAAACUUCCUUGUGAAUUUAUGUGUAUUAGUGGUACAAAAUAUGACAUUAGAAGGAUUAAUAAGAUUACGCAUUGGUCAGUCGGAACCGCUUUCUAAUCUUAGAGCACCACUACAAGAAUUUUUCCGACAGUCUUUCCCAAAUGUUCCAACGGAAACAAUUCAGGAGCAAGCUAUAGAACGAAUGUUGUUACUUUUAAGACCACAUUUCGAGAAUCUCUUAAAUGCAGAAGAAGACAACAAUAGAAAUGGUUCACGUAUAGACCUUUGCGCUACUAUUGAAGCUUUGUUCCGUCGCCAUAUCAAAGAUAUAUUACACCAUCUGUUUAAUAAUGAAAUUGAUGAUGCUAAUUUCGGUCAAGAAGUUUUCAUAAUUGUGAAUAAUAUGGGAAGAGAAUUAUGUGCAGUGCUUCGAUAUUCCAUUCGUGGGGGACAAGAGGGAUUAGAAUUAAUGGCAUCACGUUUUGUGACUGAGAUGUUGGAGGGUAUUCAUCCUACAAUGCGUCGUUUGAUAGUGAAUGCGUUCGUUAUUCAAUUCCGUAUCUACUCCUUACUGGUUAUACAACCUCCAGAAUCAGAAAUUCUACCACUUUUAAUAUACAAGGAAGUACCUCCUCAAGCGACAAUCGUGUCGACGGCUGCAACGCAUCAACCAUCACAACCACAAUCCGAUAUCGAACCUAUGGAAACGGAAACUGUAGAAGUGAGGACAACACUCGAGGCAUCCUCUCUACCAGAAGACGGAGACGAAAUUCCAGAAACUUUCCCCGGUCAUGAAGUAUUACCUUCAGAUUGGGUACCAAUAAUUGCACGAGAUGGAGUAAGGCAACGCCGUCAAUUGCAAAUGCAGGGAAUUACAAACGGUGGUGUAGCAGCAUUCAGUGAUGCUUACUUAGGUACACUGCCUACUAAAAGGCGUAAACUUAUUGAGCAACAAAAACCACGAUUAUUGGUUAGUCCCACUCCCAAUCAUUCAGCGAUAGCUGCGUCUAUGGAACGUUUAGUGAGAGAAGGCGUAAUCCGAGCAGGGGUGGAAGAAAAUGAAGGUGCUGCAGUCGCUGUAGCCGUCGAUCCUGGUGUAAGGCACGCAUUCGGUCAGGCAAUUAGGGACUCUUUGAAUCCCAACAGAUACGGUACCCCAGAUUUUCCAGACCCUUCACGUUUUCCUAAUGCAACUAAAUAUUUUGCUGAUCAAGAUAGACCACAGAAAUAAUCGUAAGAAACAAAAAGCAGUUUUUAAUGGCUUAGAGUAUUUAUAAAGGAGAAGGAGUAGCAAAUAAAAUAAUGACGGGGGAAUCAGUGACCAAGGAACAUAAAAAUAGACUCGUAACAUAUGUACGUAUCCAACUAUGUGUAUCCACUAUACUAUAUGUAUUCACUAUACUAUACGUAUCCAUAAAUAUUAACAAUUACAACUGUACAUGUCAAUUUAAUAUGUUGUGAAAAAUUUGAAAUGUUUUCAAAUAUCACGUUACGUGAAUUAUUCGAUUUGGUUAAGCGAUAUAACAGUAGUUUUGCGAAGUUUCUUUUGACUUAUUAGUAUAAUAACAUGUUAGACAAUUACACAUGUAUGUUUCUAUAUCUCAUUAAAAAUUACAAUAAAGCGGCUACUCCUACGUUACUCUAAGCAUCGGGUAAUCCCAAUAUGACAUUAUAUAAAAAAAAUACUUGUUUCAUAUUAAACUACGUUUCUUGUGGAAUUGUAGUCGUACAAAUGAAAUAUAUUGUUCUUAAUCAAAUUACACCUUCGUAGGUGUGCUACAAAUAA